AUGGUUUCUUACGCCACCAAGUUUCCCAAGAUUGGCAAUUUAUGUCUUUCUGAAGUCCUCACAAAGUUACAGCCAAAGUUCCAGACAACCCUCGGACGUUCGACCCUACUCAAGAAGGAACUUGGAUUCAAGAUCUAUGUUGGUCCAACGGGGCUUAUAACAACUGGCGCUGAGAUUCCAGGGUAUGAAUCAAGCAUUACGUUCCCCAAAGAAGGGAAAAAGACCAAUCAGCAGCUAGUGGGUGUCUUCCACGCCCAUCCAAGCUGGUUCUUCAACAGCUGCCGCCCAUCGGGUUCUACAGGAAGCGCACCUCCGAGUGAUGUUGACACUGCCAAGUCGACAGAUUUCAAAAAUCUAUUCUUCCUCGUUGGAACUUAUAUCAAUCCUCCUCCCAAAGGCUUUGAUCCUGUCAUUCACGAGUACACCCGGUCCCUCAAACAGUACACAGCCUCAGGAAAUAAAAACACUAUCUCAAGUCCAACGCCAGAGAAGAAUUGGCAAAUGUGGGUUGUUUACAAUAAUGCUGCGAAGAAAACAGACUUUUAG